CGAACGAGUGACUGUCCCAUUCUUCAUCAUAUUGCGCAAUGCAUUUAUGCAUCCUUAGACUCUAAUCGUUGUAUUACUUUUAGUUCAUAAUUAAAUUUGUCGUCAUCAUAUUGAAGUAUCUACGUACCUAUUUAUAAAUAAUUUUAUUACAAAACAGUGAAAACACAACAGAACUUACAGAACAGUACAGAAUACCGUAAAUAAUAUCUAGAUUUAUUUAUUGUUUUAAUACGCCGUUAAAAAGUGCAAUGAACGUUUACUUGGCGAAGGCUUCAAAGUCUCUCUGUUCCAUUAAUACAUCAGUAAUGAGUUUCAACAGAUUCAAAAACGAUGGUUUGGGUAGUUUGGGCAGUGGUGCUGGAAAAGGCGGCGGAGGUGGAGGUUCUAUCCGAGAAGCUGGUGGUGCUAUGGGUGAACGUGAAGCUGCUAACGAAGAAGAAUAUUUUUAUAUAAAGCAACGGCAACAAGUUGAACAAAUUAAAAAGGAUAUUGAAUUUCGUAAAGCAGAAAUAGAGAAAAAUAUUGAUGAAAUCACUAAGGCCAAAGCUAAACUGGACAAGAUUGUUGAUAAAAAUUAAAAAGUAAACAACUAUAUACUUGCCUAUUUUUUUUUCUAUUACAUAAUAAUUAUCAAACUAAGAAUAUAUAAUAUGUAUACAAAUAUUUUUUUACAGUAAAACUAUAUUCUUAUUCUUAUAAAUAUA